AAAUGAUGCCAACAAUAAUAUUGCCUACUGUACAACAAUGUAUCAUCAACAUGUUGUCUCGCUUGAACGGGGCUUAACUCAGUAUUUGUGAUUUUCUGUUGCCAGGAUUUUGAAGCACUGACGCCAAAUCUUCUAGCUCGAACUGUUGAGACUGUGGAAGGUGGUGGAAUUAUUGUCGUUUUAUUACGAACUAUGACGUCACUAAAACAACUAUAUGCCAUGACGAUGGUAAGGAGAGAGUCGUACAAGAAUAUUUUUCAAUGUAAACAUUCACCCUAGCUGACCCGUGAUUAAAAGUGUGGGUCAGCUCGGGAAAUGUUUAGAUGAAGUUUUAGGCCGAUAUUUUUAUAAACAGUUAUUGAAUGAGGUUUUGUGAUAUCCAGAAUGAUCAAGAUUGAGGUACAGUAAGCGUUAUAUAACAUUUACCGAGACCUUGAUAAUUCAGGAUAUCACAAAAACCGAAUUCCGUAACUGUUUUAUUAUCCAUUGCAUUUUCAUUGAUUCUUUCGACAAACCAUGAUUUGUCGCACAAAACAACGUUUGGUUGUCAAUGUCAAAAAGGUCUGCUUGUAUAUUUAAAACUGCCGCUUGCUAUAAAAUUACAUACCGUGGGCUCAGCCUUCACAUAACUCAGUUAUCUGCUAGCAGAUAACUUUGUUAUGUGCAGGUUGCGUGAUUUCCAUAUUUAGCUGUAAGCUACUGGCCAGUCAGAAGACACAUAGUGACUACAAUGUUUAAUAAUUAUAUCAGUUAUUCGAUAUUUCAUUUUGAAAUUUGUCUGCCACUGUAAUUAGCCAUAUGAAACGUUUUAUCAUGUGUAUCACAUCUUAUUCCAGGAUGUUCAUGCUCGAUACAGGACUGAAUCACAUCAGGACGUUGUUGGACGCUUUAAUGAAAGGUACAGUAACUAUACAUGCUAUAUAAUAUACAGUAUGGUUCAUUGGUUUUAGAACUCGUUUUAAAACUGGCAACUUCCAAUCGUAUUUUGGAUGCAUUAAAAUUGAGCAGUAUACAGUAGCUGUCGAAAACGUACCUUCAAAUAUGGUUUGACGUUUGUGGUCUGCCGUAAACAACCAAUAUUUGACUAUGCUGAUAUAAGUUGGGGAGCGAUGUUAGGGACUGGUCAUAAAGUAACUAGGGUGGGCUCUUUGCCAAUACGUUCGGUGACCCAUCUUAGGAUGUAGAUAAAAAUAACAAAGCCCAUCUAAUCUUACAAAAUAUUUUUCAUGACCCACCCAAUCUUUAAUUGGGAAAAUACACUUUUAUAAUAAAAAAAAACUUGCAGGUAUGAACAUUGUAAAUAUGCACGGCACUGUAUUGACAUACGUAAUUCCACCAAGCUUGACGUUGAUACUGAGCUGCUCUCCGGUUGGUUGUAUUUGCUGUGAUUCGACCACUUCUUGUUGUUGUAUAAACAAAGUACUGGCUUCAAUAGCAACAUUUGCAUUUGAUAAUUUGGAUAGUUUUGUUUACUUUUAUUAUAAAUAUUAUUUGAAGUAGACAUGCAUGGGUUUUUGUUUGGUGACCCAACCGUGGACAUACCAAAAAAUUGGCGGCCCAUCGAAAAUGCCCAAAAUUUUCCAUGGCCCAUCCCAAAUCACUCCAGCCCACCCUAGCAGUUACUUUAUGACCGGUCCCUUACAAACGUGCAAUACUUCAAAAUAGAGCGGCAUGUAUUGUUGUUAAACGUAUAAUCGAACAGAAAAUUGCUUCCCUUCGCUCAAGUGGCUCCAUCUUUCGACAAGGAGAAAAGUUCAUAGAUGUAUUUUAAUUUAUCAAAUUCUAAAUGGUAUUGCACCAACUUAUCUUGAUAAUUAUUUUGUCAAAAAACGUUAAUAUUCAUAAUUUUAGUACAAGACGUAAGGAAAAUUUUUGUAUUACUCAGAGUAAAUAGAGAACUUGGUAAGAAAGGUUUCAAGGUGCAAAAGACUAUAAUGAGCUACCAACUGAAAUUAUGAAUUCUCUAACUUUAGCUAGUUUUAAUUAAUUAAAAGUGGAAUUAAACAACAUUAUAUAUCUGAACUGUAAAUAUGUUGGAAUUAAUUUGGAAUAGACAUAUAGGAUUGCAUAAUUUGUGUAUUUAUAGCUAAUAAUAUGCAGGGGCCCUAUGGAUACCAGCUUAACAGCUGAAUGGGCCACCCUGCUUAAAUAAAGUCACAACAACAACAAUGUUGAAUUCUCCAUUGACGUUUACAGCAACCGCAGGUAAGGUAAGUUCUUCGAAUGGCUAACGGUUUAUCUCAAAAUAUGGUUUGAAGUUUGCCGUUGGUGGUUAGGCGUCUGCUGUGAACGUCAAUCUUAAUGUUUCUAUAUUAAAAAAACAAACACCGUUAUCGUCAAGCGUUGUAAAAUUUUUACUGCAUGUAUUUUCGUAUUAAAAAGGGAUUAUCGCCGGAUUUAGAACAAAAUUCGGUUGUGUCAAAAAAAUUUUUACUCAACAGAUUUUUUUUUAAAUUGUCAAGAUAAUUGCUUGAGUACACGAAGAGAAAUAAUUUGAUGAAGUAAAAUUUUGGGGUCACCGAUGUCGUUUUCGAGUUAAAUUGCUUUAAAGGCAAAAUAUCCGACAUCUUGAAAUGUCGUUGUUGUUCAUGGCAAUGGUAUACAUAGUUGUGUAACUUGUUUAAAUUCAAACUCUUUCAAUAUUGUUUUACAUCAAUAAGAUACCUUUUGUUUUUCAACAAGUAAUAAUUGUCCAAAAAUACGGAUCAAAAUCGUGAAUAUUUUUAAAACCUGUAUUAUAAUAAUAGUAUUAUAACAACAGUAACGAAUAAACAAAUGCUAGUGAAAAUCCAUUGCAAAGUGGAAGAAAAUAAUUUUUCAUGUCGCAAACAUAAAUAUGGGGAAAUAAUAUUGACCCUUUUCUCGGUCGUGUAGUUUCCUCCGAAAAGCAACAACCAGUUUUAAAAACGUCGUUUUCGAAUUUAACCAAAACCGCUUCAUUCUUAUUAAUCUUUGUCAGUCUUGUCAGUUAUUCCUUUGUUUGUUCACGAUUUCAUCUUUGUUUCUUUUCCAGAUUUAUUCUGUCGUUGAGCUCGUGCAAGCAAUGUAUGGUGAUCGAUGAUCGUCUCAACGUCUUACCAAUCUCGUCUCAGUCACUCAAGAUAACACCGCUUGCACCCAUGAGUAAAGUACAGUACCAGAUACUUUCUUUUUAUCGUCAGAACAAAAAUAAUAUCACAGUGCAGCCUUUGAAAUUCGUGGCUGCAUUUGGCAAUUGCUAAGAGAAUCACAAGUAUCAAGUCACCUUAGUUUUUUGCUGUCGUGAAUUUGUUAACAGUGUACUGUAGUCACCUUUUUCGUUGUUUAUGAGCACGUCUCCUUUGAUACCGCCGUUGUGUUUUCCAAACUCAUGCACUAUGACGAAUUAGCACGGCAGUUUUUGGCCGUCGUACAAAUUCUUAAUUUCAAAGGCUGCUCAGCUGCCCAAUUGAAUUAAGUUUUUAAAUAUUGUAUAAAUUAUGAUACUAUCAUCCAGGAGGAAUCGGUUAGUCCAAAUGAAGUUGAACUUCGAGAACUGAAGUCAUCGCUAGAAGAUACUCCUCCCGUUGGAGUUAUCGUCAACUGUUGCAGAACUCUUGAUCAGGUAUGUUCAUACUAAUGAGGCAUUACCCCUCAUGGUCUAAACAGAUAGGACUGCAGUGAGUCUCUGGUCUAAACAGAUAGGACUGCAGUGAGUUAAGGAUGCAUGGUACAUAACAUGUGUGUUCACGUUCUUGUUCAUGGUUUUUCUUGUACUGUGUCUGUGAAACGAAUGCUGUCUGUUAGUUACCCACAGGAAAAAUAUUUCCAUAUCGCAAAUUCAACCCGAAUAACUUCAAUUUUACUGACUUAAGAUUUCGAUGACGUGUUGAGUUUCAAAGUUCAAUUCUACAGUAGAUUGAACGGUCACUAGUAAAACCUCCCGACUUGCAGAGACUGUUCCAGUGACGUAACCCUCAUUAGGUAGGGUUAGUUCAAAAACUAAAUCCCUGGGCAAACUAGGAAACAUUGUUGUCGAAACAUUUGUGAUUCUCGAUGUUUCCUCAAAGUUUCCCUGUUUGCCCACCCGUGGAAACAUUAUUGCGGAAACAAAUUUGCUUCCCGAGAAGCAAAAAUGUUUCCUAGCAAAUCCAGAAACAUUUGAUGUUUCCCUGUGUUUCUCACUAAUGUUUCCUAGUGUUUGCCCACUCUGGGAAACAUGGCGAAGCAUUGGCAGGAAACAAUGUUUCCUAGUUUGCCCAGGGCUUAAGGGCCCCCGACAGUUAGGGGCCCCACCAGCCACGGCCUAUUGCUUAUAAAAUUAGAAAACGUAAAUGUAGGUUACGAAUCAAUGGGAAAAUGCAAAAUUAAUAAUGCUAAAUAAUGAAGCCUCCAUCGACAAACGUAGCUGAUUUUUUAAUUCCAUCUCAAAUAAAACAAAAGUUGUUCUUAUUAGAAGUUAUAUGUGUUGGGGACUGUUAUUGUUAUUGUAAUAGACACGGAAUUUUCCAGAACAUUCAAUAAUAUUCAAUAUACAUAAAUAUAAUAUCUCAGUCAAACAAUGAGAACAGUCAACAGUGGGCCCCCACACCAAAUAUGCCUAUGGGACCCCUCUUCCUCCGUUAUGCCACUGGGCUGUUCGAGAUUAUCCUGCACGGUUAAACGCUUUCCCCGGAAUGGCUGGAAAGGAAAUUCCGAAGCCGUGCGUCGCUUUACUUAAAGUAUAUACUGUACAGGGCAGGAAAAAUAAUUUUCUUGGGAGCACAACCUGGGGACAAAAAUUUCCUGCAGACCAAUGGAGUAUUUUUGUGCUAAAUCUCUUUUUAAAUUCAAGAAAUAAUGUCUGUCAACCAUAUGUUGUUGCGCCCAUAGUGGGACAUGGCAAUUUCAAUAGCAAACCUUCAUUCAAACAAAUUUCCUGCAGCUGUUUAACAUUUCCUGUGAGCAGUGCUCACGUGCUUGCCUAUUUUUUUCCACCUCUGAGUAUAUACAUAUGUUUAGUAGAAUCAUAAUAGUAUACUAUUGCAAAUGCUGUAAUUUGAUUGGCUGGCGAAACAAUCAUUGUCCUGGCACAUUAAAAAAAAUGGUGGUAAUAUUUUAUGGAAUUUUGUGGAAUAUUUUAUGUUUGAUCUCUGAUUCUACUGAAACAAUUAGAUUACUCGCUUUUGAUUUAUAUGAGGUGAUAGUUUAUUCGAUCUUCGCCCUCAUCAACCAUCACCUCAUAUAGAAAUCUCGAGCUCGUAAUCUAAUUGUUAAAUACCAGGUGAUCUGACGGUGAGCAAAAGGACUGGGACAAGCAACAGAAUAGAAAUCCGGUUUCGUACCUGUAAUCACUUGUCACGCCCUGAUUCUUUUAUGAAACUCUUUGAAACUUUGUGUCUGUGUCUUGCACAGGGAAAUGAAUGUCUGGGACAAAAUUGAAAUAGAAAUCUAAUGCCGUUGAUGAGAUAUUGAGUAAUGUGAAACAAGAAAUGGAUUUCUAUUUUACAACUAGUGCCAGGCCUUUUCCGAGUUCCGAGAUCCCCUGGUAGUGUACGUUAAAAAAAAAAGAAGAAUAUUAUGGUCCUCCUAUAGGCGUAUACUGCAAAUACAAUAUCUAAUAACUCGAGCCAUAGUCGGAGUUAUUUUCAUUGUUCCCUACAGUAACAGUGGGCUGUAGUAUCUGGAUGAUCUUCUCCGGUUAUACCAUCAUGCCAACCUACUGCGCGUACAAAGAAAAACCAAACCUUCAACAAUGUUUGAUAUUUCGUUUUUCAGGCCAAAGCUGUGUUAAAGUUUAUCGAAGCAAUAUCUGAGAAGACAUUGAGAACAACUGUUGCUUUGACUGCGGCACGAGGUCGAGGCAAAUCUGCAGCAUUAGGUCUUGCAAUGGCCGCUGCUAUCGCGUUUGGGUAAGAUUUUCAUGAUGAUUUUGCUACACUAAAACCAGUAAAAAAUAGUAUUAUGAAGGAGAAGCAAUUGCUAGAAUAAUGAGAUUUGUUAUAAGGCUAGUAUAUAAACUAAACUAAACUAAACUAAACUAAACGUAACUGGCUAUACUUUGACUGAUUUCCAGUUUACGAAAAGAAUGCAGACUUUAAAAUUUAUUCAAAUUUCCACAAUUAUUAUUACAUAUACAGUACAUAUUAAUACGACAGAUACAUGCACAGUUACUGUACUACACAAAAAGAACUACUAAGUUACAAUGAUUACAAAUAAAUUAUCGUGCGCAGUGAUCAAAGUAGCCAGAAGCUUUCGAGUUGAUCAUCUCUUCGAGUUGAUCAUCAUCUCUUCGUUGGGAUGUACUGUAUUCGGUGAAACACGAUCUAAACGACUACAAAAACUAGAAAACAGAGCUGCUCGAAUUAUUUCAAAUUUGAGCAAUAUGUAGAUCAUUCUAUUGCUUUAAAUGCCUUAUAGGCUGGGAGUCAUUUGAUAUGAUAAGAAAAAAGGCAAAAGCAUGAAUGAUGCACAAAAGUUUAAACAAAAUAGGCCCUGAGUCUCUCACAAACCUCUUCACGUAUAAGAAUAAUAUAACAAAUUAUAAACUUCGAAAUAUUUCAACAACCUCGCACCAAUAAUAUGAAAAAGAGUUUUAUGUAUGGUGGUGCUAAGCUCUCGGACUCUAUUUCAAAUGAAGUUAGGGAGAGCAAAUCUCUAUCAUGUUUCCAAAAGAAAAUUGUCGCUCACAUUUUUAAUUAGACAACACAUGUACAAUGUAAAUAGAUUUUUAUAUUCCCAAUACUUACUGUACCUGACUGUUUAAUACUAUUUCUAAUAUUUUGUAAAUAAUUAUUCUAAAGUUUAAUAUACUUCUGUAAUUUCUUUUAUACACGCCCCCUGUGGAAAUCAGCUUCGGUUGACGGGGUUAGCGUGGGUAAAUAAAGUUUUCUAUCUAUCUAUCCUCACGAAACGUGUUUCUGCCUGGGUCUACGGUGUAGGCUAGGCUUUACAGUACAGUAGGUCUGAUAGCCGAAAGCUCGCAAAUAAGAAUAGUUGGACAGUGAAUGUCGUGAUUUAAUAUCAUGUCCAUAUUUUAAAGUUAAUUGCAGUGUUGAUCAAUUUCCAAGACGUUUUAUUUACUUUGUUUAGAUACUCUAAUAUCUUUGUGACGUCUCCAAGUCCAGAGAAUCUGCACACGUUGUUUGAGUUUGUGUUUAAAGGAUUUGACGCUCUGGAUUAUCAGGUAGAGAAGUAUUGUAGUUGUUUUGCUUUAUUUCAACUUAUUUGUUGCGAAAUACGACUCAUAUUGUAAGUCUAUAGAUGGUUCUUAAUCAUGCUUGAGUGACCUGGUAUUUUUCUUUGGCCUUUGAUUGGUCAAAUUUGAUGUAUUGAGCUGUUAUAUUCAUUAUUCACCUACAAGUGAAUAAAACAAAAUCGAAAUUUGUUACUGAUAAAGAAAUAAGCGAAAUUAAAAUUAAUUCAGUCCAAGAAAACACAAAAGACUUGAAUAAAACAAUUAUUCGCCUAGGUGAUUGUCGUAGAAUAUUCACCUCGACUUCGUCUCGGUGAAUAUCCCCCGAUAAUCACUUCGCCUUCCAGUUCUCCUCAUUAAUAUUCAAUACACGUCAGCAUGUACAUUCUACGCAUGUUCAGUUAAGAUGAGCUACUUCAUCUUAGCUCUCAACUUGUGGCCACAAUUUCUAACCGUGCCGCAGUUUGGCCUGUCCGAAAUAUGCUUCUCGACCAAUUAGUGUUGCUAUAUUGUGAUAUGUUUCAAAUCUCAGUAUAAAUGUUACUUUCAGGAACACUUGGACUAUGAACUGGUACAGUCGACAAAUCCUGAGUUCAACAAAGCUGUUGUUCGUGUUAACGUCUUCAGAGAACAUAGACAGACGAUACAGGUAAGGACAAUACAAAUUGCAAGAUACGACUUACUCAGGAAAGUCGACAACGCGAAGACGACGGCUGUCAAUACAAUGGCAAUCAAUACAAUGGCAUUAAUCAUAUAGCACAUAAAUAAAUAUUUUCAUCAAAAUACAUAUUUUCACGUUUUGUGUAGUAGUCUAGCCUUUCAAUCCGUGACAGGUUGUUUUUCUAAUUGAGGUGAUCAAAAUUGCUCUGAAGGGUAAUGCUCUGCUUUAACCUUUCCAAACUGUGUUAAUUUCAUACGAAAGUAAAUACAAGACAGGAUUUCAAUGCAAUCAUUUAUGUCAAAAGACUUGUUUAGCCGUCGUUCUCAUGUCGCCGGCUUAUACAAGCCAGGGUUCGUACAAAACUUGAAAGUCCUUGAAUGUCCUUGGAUUUGAAAACAAAAUUCAAGGUCUUGAAUGUCCUUGAUUUUGUAAAGAAGUACUUGGAAGUCCUCAAAUUUUUCUCGCUUUAGUUUUCGGAUAUUUUCUGAAAUUGUUUGACAUUCAAAACGGACAUUUUGUUGAAUUGAUUUUGCAUGUUCAUAGCUGACAGAGCUGUUUGAAACUCAUUAAAGUUGCGUUUUGAAAAAUUCAACGUUUUUACUUAUUGCUAACCCCUUUUCUUCAGUAUUUAGUCCUUGAAUUUGCUGAUACAUGGCCUUGAAUGUCCUUGAAAAGUCGUUGAAUUUGGCUCAUCCUCACAUGUAUGAACCCUGACAAGCGUAAACUCCAUAACAAUUGCAACGAGUGAUUUCUCUUUAUAGCAGAUUAAUUUUGUCUUUCGUCAUGUGUUCUGAAUGCAUUAUAAGCUAAUGUUUGGGCUCACUGACCGGAAUUAUCUAUUGUUUAAAACAAAAUAUGUAAACACGUGAGCAGAACGGACUUGGCUGUCACUUUAAAGAGUUGCACCUUGUACUGAACAGCGCCUUUGAAUUUUCUUAAGAAUUUUUUCUUCAAAUAUUUACAGUACAUUCAUCCGGGAGAUGCUCAAAAGCUCGGCCAGGCAGAGUUAGUUGUUGUUGACGAAGCAGCUGCCAUUCCAUUACCGCUGGUCAAAAGUUUACUUGGACCAUAUCUCGUUUUCUUAUCCUCAACCAUUAACGGGUAAGUAAAGUUUAGAUUUUGUUGUGCAUUAGCCUGAGUAUCAGGCUCUGUUUUACAUAUAGGGCCAGACACAAACCUUAAUACGGUCUCCAACCACAAUAAAAUUUAUAUAAUAUGGUAUCGAAUCAAAAUGUUCCAGGAGAAUUCCACACAAAAACAACAGCAACAAGCAUCUAAUUGUAAUUAAAAUGCCUAUAACAUGGUUUUGGAGUUUGCAUAUCUCGGAAGUUUAGGGUAUUUUAAGACAUUUUGCAAUAUAUUUUGUUAUUGAAAAAUUUCAUCUUGAUGGAUUUAUUAGCUCUUAAAGUUACCGGACAUGACGUCAAAAGGAGAGUUUUGUUGCAAUGAUACAAAAGAAAACUGAUUUGCAAUUCUCCUUUUGACGUCAUGUCCGGUAACUGUAAGAGCUAAUAAAUCCAAGUGUCUUAAAAUACCCUAAACUUUCGAGAUAUGCAAACUCCAAAAUCAUGAUAUAGGCACUUUAAUAGUAAGUACUAAGUGCUAAAUAUACUUUAUGAUGAACAAUACUAUAGUCUAAUUAGCACUAACCAAUCAAAAGACAGAUUAACUUUUUUUGUUUAAGAGACCAAUUAGGUGAAACGCCGGAUUUUGGCUUUUUGACUUGCGGCCAGCCAGGGAUUUGGUCUGACCCUCUUCUCUUCCACCGACCCGAAUUUAAUGUAGGGAAAAGCGGCCCUGAUACUCAGGCUAGGUUAGCUGGGCUUGUAUGAACGGGCCCAUAAUAAGAAAGCUUUAGGUUGCUAUGGAUAUAACUACCUGAAAAAUACAAGGAGAACUUCUACGUUUCGAGCAAAGGCCCUUCGUCCGGAACUAACUCGAAACGUUGAAGUUCUCCUUGUAUUUUUCAGGUAGUUGUAUCCGCAUCAAUCUGAAGCUUUCUUAUAAUUGACAAUACCUUCACUGGCACAGACCAGGUUUCGUACAAAACUUGAAAGUCCUUGAAUUUGAAAACGAAAAUUCAAGGUCUUCAGUGUGCGUGAAUUUUGUAAAGAAGUACUUUUCGUGCUUUAGUUUUCGGAUAUUUUCUGAAAUUGUUUGACACUCAAAAACGGACAUUUUGUUGAAUUGAUUUUGCGUGUUCAUUAUGUGAAAAAGAUGUUUGGAACUCAUUAAAGUUCCGUUUUGAACAAUUCAACAUCAGAUUUUACUGAUUUCUAACCCAUUUUUUUCAGUAUUUAGUCCUUGAAUUUGCUGAUACAUGACCUUGAAUGUCCUUGAAAAGUCCUUGAAUUUGACUCUUCCUCACAUGUAUACGCACCCUCACAGACCGUUCAAGGCCCCUAAUAGUUGCUUUGUUAAUUCAGAUACGAAGGAACGGGCAGGUCGUUGUCAUUGAAGUUGAUAAGUCAGUUGCGUGUGCAAAGUUCCGGCUUGGGAACUGGUACCGAUGGUGAAAGCAAAAGCGGAAAUGACGCAAACACCGGAAGUUCAGCAAGCCGUAUUUUAUCCGAGAUCUCACUGAAUGAGUCAAUUCGAUACUCGCCUGGUGAUGCAGUAGAAGAAUGGUUAAAUCAUUUGCUGUGCCUUGAUGCUACUGUUGUACCAAGAUUUUCAUCUGGUUGCCCGCUACCUGAUACAUGUGACCUGUAUCCUUUGAUAACAGCGAUAGUAAUUCAUUUUAUACACUUGCAUAUUAACAUAUUGUAAAGCCUGCUUUCCAUAUAGUCGUAACUGUCGCGAACGUGUCUUGUAUUCAGAGUAGUGUUCGCGACUAAAUGGUCGUCAUUAACUAUGUUGGUUUCGGUUUAUGCAAGAGUUUGGCAUCUCGUCACGUGUGUAUUGUAUUUUUUCCCGUACAACCAAUAGCAAUGUUUAAAUUGAGCAUUUGUUCAAGUUAUGGAUGGAUACCUCAACCACAAACUUGUUAUUGGUUAUUUGAGCGAAAAUACAAUACACACGUGACGAGAUAGGACCAAAUUCUUGCAUAAAACUGGACGAUAACAUAGUUAAUGAGUUAUAUUGUCCUUUCAUCGAGUCUCCAGACCAUUUAUUAAAAUAACUGUGAUUUCAUGGAACGCGCGGCCAACAAGUUUUUGGUGAGGGAGAAAAACAGAGAACCCGAGGCCGCUUAUUUAAAAGUUGAUUGGCUUAAUUCUAUAGGUUAGCGUGAAAGUCGUGAGUUUUUCAAAGACAUCAAAUAGCACUCGUCAAUCAGACUCGUUCGUGCAUAUUUUAUCCAAAUUGCACUCGAAACCAUCCUACUACGUAUACACAAAUUGUUUCGGCUUCCUCUUCGUUUAUUGUCAAUUUCUCUUCCAGUGAAUAUUUCUUGACAUAAUUCUUAGAUAUUACGUGAAUAGAGAUACACUCUUUUCUUAUCAUAAAGCAUCGGAAGUUUUUCUUCAGAGAAUUAUGUCACUUUAUGUUUCCUCGCAUUACAAGGUAAGAUACAACGUUGUAAUGAGAAAACUAAUAAAUUAUAUGAUACAAAGGUUGUUUAUAUUGAAGCCGGACUGACCCUCUUAGUGAGACAACCUGGUAAGCGAGAUCUCGCCGUGUAGUCAGUUAAAAUUACGUUGCGUUUAUAUGGACAACCGGGCUAGCUUGGUUCCCGAGAUCUCACUUAUAAAAGGCGAGAUCACGCUUACGGGGAUGAAAAUUUCUCCCUAUAAACAUUCACUGACUAAGCUGUCAUGUGAAAAGAGUCUGUUAACGCUCUGCCAAAAAUCGUGGGUUUUCUUCGGGCAUUCCGGUUUUCCUCCCACAGAGAGAGUUGAGAGGAUGGGUUAGGAUAAACAUAGUUAGGAAAGUAAUAUCUCUUUGUUGUAAAGAUAAAUAAUCUAAGCUAACUAGGUAAUAUAAGCACGCGCAAUACUUGAUGUAAUCUGGCUCUGACAAGCCCCGUUGGGGGAAUGAGCUGAAUAAUGUAUAAUAAUAUAAUAAUAUAAUAUUCCUUAUAUAGAACACUCCUAAUGACCUUCAGUUGCUAUCAGACGCUCCAGCUCAUCAUAUAUUCUGUUUACUUGGUCCUGUUGAUCCUGCCAAGAAAACAUUGCCUGAAGUAUUUUGUGUUAUUCAGGUAAAAAAUUACUGCUUAUAUAUUUUUGUAUCAGAGAGAUAUGGAUUUAUCAGACGUGAAUGUAUGUAUAUAUUCCUAACCAUGUGACAAUGUCAUUCGUAUUCAAAAAGAAAAGACAAAGCUUUGCUUGAGAACGGAGUUAUAGCUACGUCGCAUGAUAUGAAAUGGGUGAAUUCAUGGCAAAAGCCCACAUCACAAAAGCCCACAUCACAAAUCUCCCCCGACAAUGUGCCCUCCGACAAAAUCCCCACCGACAAUAUCCCUACCGACAAUAUCACGGACGACGAUAUCCCCGCCGACAAUAACCCGCCGUCAUAAUUCCCACCGACAAUAUCCCCGAAGACAUCCCAGACGACAAAAUCGCCCCCGACAAUAUCCCCGACAACGACAUCCCCGCCGACAAAAUCUCCUUAUUUCCACCGACGAUAUCUCACCGACACAACACUGUACCGGAUAGAUUUCCGUAGCGACGUAAAAAAAACACCUAUCCGUACCUUUUAGGAACGCUAUUUUCAGAGGAAUAUUGCAACGGAGAGAUGUUGUUUCGCUCAGCUUCUGAAAGUUGUACAUUCCGUAUCGGAUAGGUGCUUUUUCGCACCGCUACUGAAAGCUAUCCGGUAUAUAGUGUAAAUGUGAGCACUUCCAUGAAUAAAUCUCUGUGGGAUUCAUAUCUUGGGAUAUCGCUUGAACUGCCUCUAUGUAUGGUGAUAGCGGGUAGAUCUGACUAUAGUUGUUAAUCUAAAGCCUUGAAUGCGUUACCCUUUCCUGAAGCAUUAGCAAAGCAUCUGGUUCUUUUUUAAGGUUUGUUUGGAAGGUGAAAUAUCAAAGUCUUCAAUAAUGAGCAGUUUAGCUCGUGGCAAGAGAGCGUCUGGGGACUUAAUACCAUGGACUAUUUCACAACAGGUAUUUGUUUAC